UGUCAUUGUCAAGUUCUGAUGUUUUGGUGUUUCUUUUUGUUUAUAUUUUUUUAAACCAGAAUCCAGAUAUUUCCUCUUCAAAAAGCGGCGUGAAUUAAACUUGAAGAAAAUAAUGGAAGCGCAAAAGUUAAAAAAGAAAAAAAAUGCUAUUAGCAAAGGCAAGUUAAAGAAAACCAUUAAAAAUGUUAUAUCUCGACCAGACCCAGUAUUUUGGCCAGCUGUGACUGAAGCUGAAGAAACGAUCCUACAAAAUGCUCUUGAAAAGUUGCGGGUCCAUAUUCCAGAAUUCAAAAAACCACAUUGGAAUGACAUAAAGCUAUUACCAAAAAAAGAAAGACCUCAGCCACAACACAUCCAGAAAGUUGAGGGCCUUUUAUUUGGAAUAUCAGAAUGUUAUUAUGCUGUCAAAACACAGAACUGUUCUGCAGUAAUUAUAGAGGCAAAUGUUAAUCCACAAAAUAUUGUGCAUCCAAUUAUUGAGGCAUGUGUAUCCUCCAAUAUCUCAGUUCUAUGUUUAAAUGAUUUGAGAGAAUAUAGUCUCACAUACUUUGGUGUGAAGACAACUUGUUUGGGAAUAAAAAAAGACUACUUACAAGAUCUAAGUGAUAAAAUAUGUGAAACAUUUAAAAAUUACAAACCAAAUAAAAAGUCUAUGCCUAUUCGUACAACUUGUUCAAGUUUUGCAGUUAUAAAAGAGGAAGAUUCUCAAAUGGAUAUUGAGGCCUACUGUCCAUAUGUAUAUAGAAGUGAUAAAAAAACUAGAGCAUUUGUUACAAAUGAUACUCAACAAGACACUAAAGUUACCAGUCAAUUCACUGGCCAGCAUUUUAUUAAAUUACAAGAUAAUAUUAAACCUGAAAAUGAUAGAAAAGCCUACAUGAGAAUGAUGGUGAAGAAAAUAUCCAAUAAUCCUAACAGGGUAACAAAAGCAAAACAUAAAUCAUGAUGAUUUAUGUUUCGCUUUUGUUGACGAUUUGACGACCUCCCUGGCUCAACAGUGAGCGCUGCAAAUUGAAGUAGGAGGGUUCGAUUUCCGGCAGGGGCAAUUUGGAAAUUUAAAAUAUCCGAAUUUUCUCUUUCUUUCUGUCUGGACUUGUGGGAGACGAAGACAUGUUGCUAAGAAAUUUAGUGCUCCGGUGCAAUGUCGCAUAGAAACUGUUUAGGGGUUUGACUACCAUACUCUCUUAACAGGUUA